CACCGCCGUCGCCGCUCCCGCCCUUGCAAUUUCCGAACCCGACGUCAGUGCCCAGCUCCACUCAGCUCGCCGGGCCCAGGUCUGGCUCCCGAGACACAGCCUUGCCACCGUCGCCCAGCCGGCCGGCUGGAAUACUUGGAAGGAGACCGAGGGCCGAGUCUGAGGAGGCCGAGGAAGGCGGAGCAGGCAACCAGUUACAACCGAAGCGAAGACGCUGUGACAGCAUGCUGACGGAGAUCGAUAACGGGGGCCCGUCUACCCGGGCUGCGCGGGUGGUGUCGAACCGGCCGCGAGCCGCCGGCGCCAACGGGGGACCGGUGGCGGGGCAGCGCGAGGAUUACUUGGGCCACGAUCGAGAGCAGAUUACGCGCAUCUUGAUCCAGGCCCUGAAUGAGCUGGGAUACCAUGCGGCAGCAGAGAGUGUUGCUGAAGAGAGCGGCUUCCAGGUCGAGAGCCCAGACGUGGUUGCCUUCCGGCACGCCGUGCUGGGCGGCGACUGGGUCAAAGCGGAGCAGCUGCUCUCUAGGGACAGCGGUCGGCGGCCCGGUCAGGGGUCCGGAGAUGGCCUGGUGUUGGCGCCGGGAGCGGACCGCAAUGCCAUGAGGUUCCAGAUUCGGCAGCAGAAGUUCCUCGAGCUCUUGGAGCGGCGGGAGACGUCACAAGCCUUGACUGUGCUCCGCAACGAGCUGUCGCCGCUGUGCUCGGACCAGCACCAGACGCUCCAUCUCCUCUCGAGGUUCCUCAUGUGCCAGGAUGCCGAAGAUCUCCGAAGCAGGGCUAACUGGGAUGGCGCCGAUGGCCGGUCCAGGCAGCUUCUACUAGAGCGUCUCUCAGAGUCGAUAUCCCCGGAAGUCAUGCUUCCAGACCACCGCCUCGCUGCGCUUCUGCACGACGUGAAACGCAGCCAGGUGGACAGGUGCCUCUACCACACCACAGAGGAGCCGCCUUCGCUCUACACGGACCAUUCGUGCGACAGAAGCCGGUUCCCGUCGGAAGUGCUGGUUGAGCUAUGCAGCCCUCGAAUCGAAGCGUCGAAAAGGCCCGAGGAGAUCUGGCAGGUCUGCUUCUCGCCCGACGGCAGGCGCCUGGCUAGCUGCGGUACGGACGAGGCAGUCAGCGUCUGGGACGUGGAGCACCUUACGUUGCUACACGAGCUCCGCGGGCAUCCCGGUGGAAUUGGCAGUGUUGCGUGGUCGCCUGACAGCAAAUUACUCGUCAGCUGCGGUAAGAACCACGUCGCCAAGGUUUGGCACGUUGAUACGGGCGAAUGUGUGAGCACGCUCAGCGGAUUUGAAGAGCCAAUCAGCAGCUGCGUGUGGCCCGCCGACGGCCGGACGUUCGUCCUCGGGUCCUUCGACAAGAAGCAGUCGCUCUGCCUGUGGAACAUGGCGGAGGAGUGCGUCUAUUCCUUUGCAAAGACGCACCGGACCGAAGAUGUCGCGCUGUCGCCCGACCAGCGCUGGCUGGUGGCCAUGGACGAGCGGUGCAACCUGCACGUCUACAACUUCGGCACGCGGGAGCUCGUCUACGACCUGGCCCUAAACAGCAGAGCCACCUGCGUCAGCAUCAGCCGGGACUCGAAGUACAUGCUGGUCAACAAGAGCGACAACGAGGCGCUCUUGAUCGACAUCGAGACCCGCGAGACGGUGCAGAGAUAUACGGGCCAGACGGGCGGGCAGUUCACCAUCCGCAGCGGUUUCGGCGGCGCCAACGAAAACUUUGUCAUCAGCGGCAGCGAAGAUGGUCGCGUCUUCAUCUGGCACAAGAUGAAGGGAAUUCUCGUGCACGAGGCUGAAGCUCACCAUCCGAGCUGCAACACGGUUUCCUGGAACCCGUGCGACCCGUGCAUGUUCGCCACGGCGGGAGACGACGGAAGGAUCAAAAUGUGAGUUGCAGACUGUUUCCCCCCUUCCCCCGCUUUCCCCCGCGUUAGCACGCACCAGGUCGGGCAUGUCAUUGACGCUUGGGCUCUGUUAGCUGGUCAAAUCGGGAACGGGCUCGAGCGAU